AUGGCGAGAUCGAAAACAGUAGCUAUUAUUGGUGCUGGUUCUAGUGGCUUGAUAUGUGCUAAAAUAUUGUUGGAUGAUGGUUUCGAUGUAAUUCUUUUUGAUCGACAAGAAGAAUUAGGUGGUAUCUGGUCUUCAAAAUUAGCAUAUGCCGAUUUACAUACUCAACAACCAGGAGGAUUAAUGGAAUUUUCUGAUAUAUUUGAUGGAGAAGAAUUUUCUUCUUGGCAACACGUUCAUGACUAUUUACAAAAAUAUGCUGAUCUAUUUCAUAUUACGGAACGAAUUCGAUUUCAAACUCGAGUUAUAUCAAUUUCGAAAGAUGAUUUAAGGAAUGAUAAUAUUUCUUGGGCUAUUCAAACUGAAACAAUUAAUGGCAAAAAAGAAACAUAUGAAUUUGAUUUUGUUAUUGUAGCUACUGGUCUCUUUUCAGAACCAUAUACACCAAUAUUCCGUGGUCAAAGUCAUUUUGCUGGUUCAAUUUUAUCUCCAUCUGAUAUUAAAUCAUGUAAACAAUUAGUAAACAAACGUGUAAUAAUAGUUGGCUGUGGUAAAUGUGCAACAGAUAUGGCAGUUUUAGCUGGCCAUUAUGCUCGUUCGUGUUAUUUAGUUUUUCGAAAAGCUCAUUGGAUGAUUCCAAGAAGAAUCAUGAGUGGUUUAUUACCAGUACAAGUUUUAUUUACUCGUGCAUUUUCUAUUCCAUUUAGUCUAGUUCCUGGUGCACCAUAUGGUUGUUUAUUUCGUUUUCUUCAUGAAAAAUUUCCAAAAAUAUUUACAACUAUGGCCAAUGGUAUAUCAAGUGAUAUAAUGUCUACUCAUGGACCUGAUCUAUUCAAUGAUAAAAUAUUUAUUCCUCAACAUCCAUAUCAAAAUUUAGAAAAUAUUUCAGUUAUACCAAAUGGUUUUAUACGACUUAAACGUGAAGGUCGUAUUAUUGGAAAAUUAGGCACAAUUGAUGAAAUUAUUGAUGAAACAACUGUUCGAUUAAAUUCAGGAGAAAAAUUAGAAGCUGAUAUGAUUAUAUCAGCAACAGGAUAUAUUCGACGUUUUCCUUUUUUUUCUGAAAAACAUGCUCAAAUGAUGGGUUUAACAGCACACAAUGGAGAUGUUGUACUUAAUCUUUAUCGUCAAGUUAUACCUGUUAGAAUACCUAAUAUAGCAUUUAUUGGUUUUACAGGAUCUGUAGGUUAUUGGAUGAUUAAUGAAGUAUCAAGUCAUUGGAUAUCAGAUUAUUUUCUCAAACGACUCAAAUUACCAGAUUCAGAAGAAAAAAUGCAUGAAGAAAUAAAAACACGUCAGGCAUUUAUUAGAAAAAUAUUUAAUCGAACUGAAUAUGACUAUAGAUAUUAUUGGGCAGCACCACUGGAUACUUAUUUGAAUGAUAUGGGUUUAGCAUUACAUAGAACUAAUAAUUGGAUAUCAGAAUAUUUUGGAAUAUAUCGUCCUGAACGUCUUAAAGGUUUACAUGAUGAACGAAAAAUAAUUGCUGAAACAGGACGCAAACCUCGACGUUUUUAUUUUAGCUUUCAACUUAAUGCUAUUCUUAUUUUAAUUCUGAUAUAUAUAUAUUUCUUUUGUUUUUAA